AUGGCAUAUGAGAAUGCAACCCUCACUGUUGCUAACAGAGAGGUCAUAUUCAUCAAACCUUCAAAACCCACUCCUAGAACCAUUCUUUCACUGUCUAGCAUUGACAAUGAUCCCGAGAACAAUAUCUUCAUGCAAACCCUUUAUGUAUACCAAUCUCCAAAUUACAAUUCCCCUAACACUACCAAACUUGACCCUGCAAAAGUGAUCAAAGAGGCCCUCUCAAAGGCUCUCACUUACUAUUAUCCUUUAGCAGGAAAAUUAGUAAAACAUGCUGAUGGAAAACUCAGAAUCAACUGCAACACCGAAGGAGUUCCAUUCAUAGAGGCUAUUUGUAACUGCAACCUCUCUUCUCUUCGUUACCUAGAUGGCAACGACGUCGAAAUCGCGAAACACUUUGGGAUCGAUUUUCCUUCUCAAGAUGAAUUUGGAAACCAAUAUCCUUUGGUUUUCAAGGUGAUUAAGUUUCUCUGUGGGGGUUUCAUCUUUGUAGUGGGGUGUUCACACGCUGUUUGUGACGGAACUGGGUUAUCUCAGUUCUUACGAGCCGUAGCAGAACUUGCAAGCGGAAAAGCUGAACCCUCUGUGAAACCUGUGUGGGAAAGAGAGAGACUAGUGGGAACAUUCACUAGUCAACCCUUGCGAAAUCCCAUGGACAAGGUCUUUGUUGCAGUUUCACCGUUUCUGCCAACCACAGAUUAUUCGCAUGAAUGCUGUAAGGUGGACGCUGCGUACAUCUGGAGGUCAAGAGCCAGAGCCUUGAAACUGAGCUACUAUGGUGAAGCUAUGCUGACUAUCAUAGUGGGGGCGAGACCACACUUGCAGGAUCCUUUGCCCCUUGGAUAUUACGGAAACACCACCGUGGAAGCAUGCGUUACGUUAACAGUGAAGGAGCUGAACGAAAGACCACUCUUGGAGGUUGUGAAACUCAUCAGAAAGACCCUAAAGGAGGUUGCUUUCAGCAGUGAUUAUAUGAGACACUCGAUCAACAGUAUGGAAAUGAAACCAAUGAAGUUUAAUUACGAAAGUGGUGCAAUAUUGACUCUGACAGAUGCGAGACAUUUGGGUAUGUUGGAGAAGGUUGAUUUCGGGUGGAAGCAGCCAGUGAAUACAAUGCCAGUCCCAUGCGACAUGUUUGGAAUUUCAGGUGUUUGGUCGAUCAUGGCUCCUAGUAAUUUGGAUCCUUCAAUGAGAGCUAGUGGAGGAGCUAAGGUUUAUGUUUGCCUACCUAGUGCUACCAUGCCCAAGUUCAAGGAAGACAUGAAAGCUCUUACACGUAUCCAAAAGAGAAGUUCUCUAUGA